CUGCACAAGAGCGUGUAGUACACCACGCUGCGUUGAAGUUUCGUCAAUUUCAACCGCUCUAGCCAUGCCACCGCGAAUUCCUGCUUCUGCCGCAAGCAGUAUCUUCAAUUUAACCAGUCUCCUGCAGAGCUUGCCCGCAACCACACGGAAUCAAGCACUCACAAAGUGCUCUACCUGCCUCUUCUCCACCACAGCUCCUCUAGAAGCCAAGCGGACGAGGAAACGAAAGGUCAGGAAGCAUGUCGACCCGUAUCGAUUGGCGCAGGCCCGGCAGCGCAAGUCAGCGAAUCUUGCUCGACAAAAAGUGUUACAAGCAGAACGCGAGCUCGCACUCGGCGACCCUGUCCGAUCUCAACCGACUCCGUUUGUCAAUUCCUUGCAGGCUAAUGCUCCCAUUUCGACGAUCAAAGAGUCCUACCUGAAUUACUUCCUCAAACCAGAGGACGUCCAAAAAUCUCUCGAAUACUCCAAGUGGCUUACUGAACCUCUUCCGGAAUCCAACCCGGUUGUGGGGGGUGAAGCGCGGCUUGCUGAAAGGAUCAAGGAGCAUGCCGCUUCCCAUGGAAAUGCGUCGAAGGCUUUGCUGGCAAUUGCCUCGCUAGAAAACGCCAGCAGCAAAGAUCGCACACGCAUCAACAUUCAAAGAUGUAUUGAGGAGUUUGGUCGUCACAACACUGAAGGAGUUCUUGCACCGGGGCUUCAGAGCAAACAAAAUACCCGAAAGGAAGGUGAAGGCACCGACGCGAGUACCGUCCCUGUCCCGAAACGGAUCGGCGCAGAUACUGGAUCCCCUGAAGUUCAAAUUGCGAUACUGACGGCAAAGAUCAACGUCCUUGCGAACAACUUACACAAAAAGGAUAAAAGCAACAAGAGGCGAUUGAGGAUGAUGGUGCACAAGAGACAAAAGUUGAUGGCCUAUCUAAGAAAGCAAGACCGAGGCGGGCCAAGAUGGCAGAACGUUGUUGAGAAACUUGGGCUCAAUGAUGCCAUGUGGAAAGGAGAGAUCAGCUUGUAAAAUAUCGGUUGGAAAGAAACAAAUGUACGAUCAUGUACUAAACUUAUUUAUAUACUGUCGAUCGUGCAGCUUUGCGCCCAACGGGAUCCGUUCAACUCA